AUGUCGUUCCCGGACAACUCGUUCGAUGCCGUUUAUGCCAUUGAGGCCACGGUCCACGCCCCCCGGCUGGAUGGCGUUUAUGGCGAGAUUUUCCGGGUCCUGAAGCCUGGCGGCGUUUUUGGCGUGUACGAGUGGCUGAUGACGGACGACUAUGACAACGACAACGUGGAGCACCGCGACAUUCGGCUGGGUAUUGAGCUUGGCAACGGUAUUUCCAAUAUGUGCAAGAUCUCCGAGGGCCUGGAGGCGAUGAAGACCGUUGGUUUUGAAAUUCUGGAGCACGAGGAUCUGGCAGUGCGCGAUGACCCUCUGCCGUGGUACUGGCCUCUUUCGGGGGAGAUGAAGUAUCUGCAGACGUGGGGCGAUCUGUUCACGAUCUUGCGCAUGACGCAUACGGCCCGUUUCUUCUUGCACGGCUUUACGGGCAUCCUGGAAAAGGUUGGCCUUGCUCCGGCUGGUACGCGGAAGACGGCUGAUGCGCUCGGCACCGGCGGUGACUGUCUUGUUGCGGGCGCGCGCGCGAAUCUUUUCACGCCGAUGUACCUAAUGGUCGGACGCAAGCCCGCAAACUGA